ACGGACCGCUCACCUCAGGCAGGCAGGACACAUCACCGGGGAGAUUGAACGCGGUAUUCGGUCAUGGGACGUUGACUUAAAUUCCUGUAAUUUAAACCUCUAUCUCCAAGAAUUUCUUUCCCAUCACACUGCGUCUUUCAAGGGUUCAGGUAGGUAACAGUGUGUUUAUUUGACCCCUUGCCCAAACUCUUUGACCCUUUAUCACACAGAAAGCCCUGUCCCCAUGGCAACUCAUCAGUUUGGCUGGCCUGGGGUAAAUGAGGAAGGAAGGAAGGAAAGUGGAGGAGCAGCCGGGGAAUUGUUAAACAUGGGUGGACCCUUUGGACAGAAAACAAUAGAGGCCUGCAACCAAGCCGUGCCACCUCUCGUUCUGCAUGUGUUACAGCCUUUCAGUAUGCAGAGCCAAGGACAACCAGGGAAAAUGGUGUUGGCUCUGCUGUCCAGGGAAUCAGCCCAUAAGCUGUUGGUCUUGGCUGGCCAGAGCGUGGAGGACAGUGGAGACCUGCUGUUUCACAGAGGACUGUUCUCACCACAGCAACUGAAACAAAUACUGACGGAACAGUUCAUAGAUCAAGACAGCUCUGCCUCCAAAGUCAGUCUAACUGUCAGCUGUCCCAACAUUGGCCAGUGGAGGAAGACACUCUUGGGAAACCAGCCUCUGCAGGGUCCUUUCAGUCUGCACAUCAAUCCCCCAGAGGUGCUGCCUGCCAUGGAGGCCCUGGGGGAAUUCACCUCCCUCAUCUCUGGUACCCUUUCCCCUCCAUCUCCCUUUGACCUCUUGCCUCCUCCCACCACUAUUGGUUUUCUCAAGCUGUCCCGCCCGUGCUGCUAUGUGUUCCCUGCCGGCCGCGGUGACUGUGCCUUUUUUGCUGUGAACGGGUUCACGGUGCUUGUAGACGGCGGCUCAGACUCUCAGGCGUGUUUCUGGAAGCUGGUCCGCCACCUCGACCGAGUUGAUGCAGUUUUGUUGACGCACAUUGGGACAGAGAACCUGCAUGGGGUCAACACCUUCCUGGAGAGGAAGGUGGCUGAGUUGGAGCUGAGGUCUGAUAACAAAGAUGACUCGUCUAAGAGGCUCAUCUCCCCAGAGCUUGGAGUAGUGUUCUUUAACGCCCCCGGCAGGUUGCAGGUGGAAGAACAGCCUUGUGUGGACAAUGUAUUGAAGAGCACACACCAGGCGGCCCUGACCCUACAAUUGUUAAAGAAGUUGGACAUCAGACCACAGCCUUUGUUUCGCCCGCUAGGGGUUCCCAUUGAGCCGUUAACCCUGUUCCAGAAGAUGGGAGUGGGACAGUUGGAUUUAUACAUCCUCAACCCCAGCAAAAACAGUCAGGAGUACCAGACAUUCAUGGAAAACUGGCCCGAUGAAGCGUCAUCAGCACCUAAAUCCCAAACUCUCCCUCUCACCGCCCUGGCCUCAGUGUCCGCCCUGCUUGUGUGGCACCCAGCGUGUCCCCAGGAGAAGGUGGUCAGGGUGCUGUUCCCUGGUCUUACCCCACAGGCAAAGCUGCUGCAGGGGAUGGAGAAGCUGAAGGGGCUGGCCUUCCUCCAGAAACCCACGGUGACCACCGGGGACCUGGAGAGGCUGCAGGAGGAUAGAAAGGCCAAGAGGACAGAGAGCCAGGACAGUGGCAGGUCACAGGGGAAGGAAUCAACAGGCAAACAUGGAAAAGAGAGGGGAGAGGGAAAGGAAAUACUGGUAAGGGAAAAGGGAAAAGUAUUCAAUGGAGUCAGUACAAGAGAUGCCGAUAAAACCAGAAUCAAAGAGACAGGUGCAAAGCAAAAAGGAGCAUCGUCAGAAAAGAAUACUUCAAAGAAAGGAGGGGGGAAGGAUAGGAAAAAGGAUGAGAAGCCUGGCACUAAAGAGGAGAAUAGUGCUAUGAGGAAUGACCAGGGGAAAAAGGAUGUUUUCUCUUCCAAACCAAAGAAUGAAAAUAAAACUAAGCUAAAAAAAGACACAAAAAAUGACUCUAAAACUGGGGUGAAGAAAACAAGAAAACCAUCAGGAAAGGAGGGAAAUAAUGGCAAGAAGGCACAUGUAAACACUGAACUGCCAAAUAACAAUUCAAACAAACCCAACGCUGGGCAUGAGUCAGAAGGCCUUGAAAUAGAGCAGCAGAAUCAAAAUCCUGAGAAAGAGUCUCCCUGUGGCUCCAAAAUGUCUACCCCUGAGGAUAUGACGGCUGAUUUUCUCAGGCUGCGGGAGGAAACUGAAAGAGAAGUGGUGCAGGUGGAAACAGCAGAUAAAGGAGAGCAGAAAAGCAGUGAGUCGGGCAAUGAAAAGAGCCUUGAAGGUUUGAACAAAGAGACAAGUAAUGAAGCUGCUGAGACAGCUUCAGGGGAAGAAGCAGCAGGUAGCGCAGUGAUAAUGGGAGGAGAAGGUGGGGAUAAUGGAGUCCAAGACAAGGCUUGGUGGACUGAAGAGAAAGCUGGUGUAGACCUGCAGAAAGCACCUGUGGGCCAGCCUGCAAAUGCUGCCAAACCAGUAAAGGUUGUAGGAUUUCCAACUCCCUUGAACAAGGCGCCAAAGAACGAGCCCACAGUCCAGCUAGAUGUAACCCCGACUGAAUACACUCUCCUGGAUGGGGCUUUGAGAAACAGCCCUCCCUCGCGAUCUUCUCCAGAGAACCAGGCCCCUGUCAGCCUUGAUGAGGAGACCAUAGAGCCUGCCUCCCCUGAUUCACGGCCCAACAGUGCAGGCCACACUCCUUACUGUCUGUCCCCAGAUGAUGUGUGGUGCAACAGGGCCACUCUCAGCAGAUUACAAGCCCAGAUGGGUAACUUAGAGUCAGCUGAUGCCAACCAGCCAAAUGGAUCAUCCAAACAAAGUGAGGGGCAGCUAUGCCCGCCCAAAAGCACUCCAGAGAGCCACACAAGAGAGAAGCAACUCAGUUUCCUCUCUUUGGGUACAUUUAAAGAUGGAUCUUCAGACCCUUCUCCCUCUGUUGCUACCACCACUACACACUCCAUGCCAGCAGAAGUGGGCUCACCACAGUCCACAGAAGUAGAUGAAUCACUAUCCAUGUCCUUAGAGCAGGGACCAACCACUGUGAGCCAGAGAGAGGGGGAUGACAGUGUUCAUAACUCCCACUCCAAUGGAGGCCAUUUUGUGGGGAUGUCUUUGCCAAUGAAGAAGCCCCCAAGAUCUCUAGGGCAGGCUUCAGAGAUGGGGCGGCCUCCAGCCCCAAACAUACUUAAUUUUGAGGUGUCAGCUCAUGAUGUGGAUUUAUGUCUGGUUUCACCCUGUGAAUUCAAGCAUUUUAAACCACCUGACUCCAGCUCAGGUGGAAGCGAGCCCUCCAGAGGAACCUUUGCUUCACAUCAUCACGGCAACAACAACCUCAAAGACAUGUCGCCCAGUGAGUCAAACGCCCCCGUCUGCACGGAGGACUGCCCGUCCACCACAGCAGAUGGAGCUCUGGACUCAGACGAGGAUGAGUCGGGUAGUGAGCCAUCUAACUCCCCACACGACCUCCGGACCAGUCAAGCUCUGCCCCAGGAUCCUCUACCAGCCCCUCUCAGGGACAGUCCACCCCUGCCCCCACAUCCCGACGCUUCCAUGCCCGUUCCUCAGUCUGACUCCGAUGCUCAUGGGAAGAGAGCAAAGGCCACUGGCAUGCGAGGGAAAAAAACACCAGCGGUUAUUGAGGCUUUCCCAAGAUCAGGCUCAGGGAAAAGCAGGACAGGGAGCCAAAGUGGAGUGGGAAUGGGGAAUGUCUCUUCUACUUGUACACCUUCCUCUAGCACCCGCUCAGCACCAGCAAAAUCUUCACCCAAUCCAGGCUCUAAGUCUCCCUCUGUUGGUGAAGUCAGCGUGUACGUGGACCUGGCCUAUAUUCCCUCUGCAGCCUCCUCUGCAACAGUCAACGUGGACUUCUUCAGAUGCAUUCGCUCCUCCUGUUACAUCAUCAGCGGCGACAGCCCAGAGAGAGAAGAGCUAAUGAGGCAUACACUGGAUGCACUACUGGAUGGCAAGAUAUCCUGGCCUGACACUAUGCAGGUGACAGUGAUCCCUACCUUUGAGUCGGUACCGAUGCAGGAGUGGUACCAGCAGACCCUGGACAGACAAAGGGAGAUGGGCAUCACCGUGCUGGGAUCCAACAGUACCGUCGCCAUGCAGGAUGAAACCUUUCCUGCCUGCAAGAUAGAGUUUUGAGGCAGACUUCGGGAUGCAGCAAUGGAGGACGGAGGGUGAAGAUAGGCUGAAAGAUGGCAAUGUGUAUGUGAUAAAAAAAAGAGCCAGGGCUUAAAGUGUGACAGAAAUAUAAAGUUAGAAAGAAAGAUUAUGGGGAAACAAAGGGACUAUAUGGCCCCUUUCCGCAUGAAAACAACUGAGUGGGUAAUGACAUGGGACGUUCACCCAUCCCCUCCUGCUUAAUCACUUCUUUGUUGGCUACUUUUGCUCCAAAAGAGAACACACAUUCCGGUGAGAGUAUUGCAUGCAUUUUUAGACCCAUGACCCUGUGCAAUACAGGAGAGGAGAUCACACUGGUUGCAAGAAAAGCAUGUCGGGCAGCAAACAUGUGGAUGCACAUGAAAGCUGAUGUUGUAGAUUAGUCAGUAUAGUUAGUAUAUGUGGGAUUAAAGGCACUAUGUGCAGGCUUGUUUUCUUAACACAGCACUGAGGCAUGAUAGUCUGUGCUAUGAUUAAGGGCCCAUUUUGCUGCUUCUAAUUGCAACAUUUAACAGUAGAAAUGAAAAAGGAAUCCAGAGAUUAUUCCGCAAAUACUACUCCAGAUACUCCCAAAAUGCAAGAUUGUGUGUUUAUGAAAGCAUUGGUCGCUUUGCAUUCUGUUUCCUAAAAUUAUAUUUGCGUGAUUAGCACAGAAAAUGUCAAUAUCAUAAAAAGAGAGUCUUUCAAUGAACUCACAUUCACAGUGAGUGGUCAGGUGUUUGGUGUGAACGGUGUAAGCAGACAUGAGGUGAGCUGUGUGUGUGUAUGUGUUGUAAAAGUAUCAUGCCACUGUGGCUUCACUGACCUUGAAAUCUCUGCAGAGCAAACUGACCUGUGACGUAUCUGAUGUUAGUGAGUGAUAAUUGCCUGCUGAUUGUGAGAUUACUGUAUCUGAGUGUGUAAAGACAAAUCUGUCAGCAGGGAUUAGAGUGCCAGAUUAAAUGUAAUAGCAUUACAGCAAUCAUUUUAGUAAUUACAUGCUAAUCAGAUAUCAGACAGCAAAUGCAUUGGUAGAAAUAGAUGUUAACAUCUUAUUAUUAAAAAAAACCCACAUUAAAUCAAAGUGAUGACAUGCAUUUUGAUUGUGGAUAUGAUGCAUAUGAUUAUAUAGUUAAUUGGAGAAAUAUAUUUUGCACAUAAAAUCAUGUUUAGUAACAGUGGGUGGUAAUGACAUCUUUCCAAGUUAUGGUUUGUAAAUCACGCUACUCAAUAACUGUAACUAAAUUGUACACAGUAACAUUUUAAUUUAUGCGACCAAAAUGUCAGCAUAAUUUCCUAGAAAGUUUCCUGGAAUCAUUUGGAAGUAUAGGGAGUACAUUUCCCAAUAAUAAAUUUCUAAUAAAUGAACAUUUACUCUGGUUUAAAUGGAGCAGUUCCUUCUGCAAAUAUACAACUGCUUCCACUUCUCACAACACAACUAAACUAACCCCACUCUAUUUUCCCUGGUAUUAAAGUUCAAUGCACUUUUCCAAGACUUCCCAGGAAAUUACAGAUCACAGUAAUUUAAAGCACUUUGUACCAUAGCAAAGCAAUUGACAAUAUGUAAUUUAAUGGAUUACAUCAUGAUCUCUCCAGACCUAUCUGUCCAUUGUUUUUCCUUUUUGUUUCCUUUUGUCCCAGUCUGGAUGUCAAGGAAUGGAUGUCCUAUUCUGGCAAGAUAUAACUACUGUAAAUCAUGACUGAUUAUCCGUGUUGCUGUUUUGCCUUUAAAUGGAUUAGUUUGCAGAAAUGAGAAUGUGGCAUAUAGAGUUUCCUAAAUGACAAAGCAUGCAAUCACAUCUGACCAGUUUCCCCUCUGUCUGAAUGCCUAUAUACAGAAAAAAAUGUCAUUUUGAUUCAGCAUUGCUAAAUACUAAAAGCUAUUUUGUAAUUAUAUAUAUGCAAUGUUAAAUAUAAACUGUUAAACAGUUAUCACAGACUUGUACUAUCCUUGUUUUAUUUUGUGCAAUCAUCUUAAUUAAUUUAAUAACUUUUAGUCCCCCACCCCCACGCACACACACACACCCCUCCAAUGUUUUACACACAUUUGUCUUUUUUUUUGUAAAAGGCUGUCAGAUCUCAUGAUUCAUUUGGAUUGGAGGGUUGACCUAGUUCUGUAAUCAUGGAUAUAGCAACUACUUGAACCCCACAGUAGCAAAGUGAGUUGUAACUAUGUGUAUGUGUCCCGCAUGUAUAAAAUGCUGUAUGUAGGCCUACUGUAUGUUGUUUCAUUCAUGAUAUUCAUGAAGACAGAGAGCAAAGGCUGUGGGAGAUUGGAGGCAGUGUGGGAUGGUGGGAUGAACACUGAUGAACCUUUCGCUUAGUUGUUGUCUGUAAGUACGUACAGUGACAAAAUGUGUGGGUUGUUGAGCCGUGAUCAAUGUAUGAAUAAAGAAUGUGCAUCAUCA